AUGAUUUCUGGAGCUGCCAAAGUACGUAGUGACGUUGCAGGAUCUGAGUUCAAAUUUGCGUUUGCGUGGACGGUUGAGGGUUUGCAAUGGAUGAUUCGCAGACGGCACCGUGGGUUCGCGGACGGUAACGGUGAUUUUUGGCGACAGAAGUGGCGGCGGUGGAGGAUGAAGAAGAUAAGUUCCUCAGCUUCCCCUUUUUUACGAUUUUUGAUUAGGGAUUUCUAUAGUUGCGAUUUUGUGAAUCGAUUUCUCUGUGUUGUCGUGAAAUCUCUUCUUGCUAAUCCUCUCCUUCUUAUAGCCUUUCAUUCUUUGCUGAUCAAUUCAAUAGCUAAUUCCUUUCCCAAUUCGGAUUUGUGUGAUAAUGACCAUGAUAAUGUAUUUCCGUUUGAGGCGUUCUGA